AUGGCCGUAGCCAGCUAUGAUGUCACAGAGGUUCGGACCUCGAAAUCAGUGGCCACAUACUAUUCAUCAAUCAAUCGAAUUGACAUCUCGCCUAAUUAUGAAGGCAGAGCCUUUUUGAAGAUUGACAAAUAUGUCAGCACACUCCGCUUAACAAAGGUGACCAUGCAGGACAACCGUGAAUUCCAAUGCAGUGUCAAGAUCCCUGGUGAUGAUGAGGGAAUAACAGCUGCCACCACUUCCCUUUUGGUCCUGGAACCUCCCUCUAAGCCCAUCUGCGGGAUUCAGGGAAAAGCAGAGUAUUUUCAAAACAUCACCCUCACCUGCAUGUCUGAGCAAGGAUCCCCAAAACCCGUCUAUAAAUGGAACACCUACAGUGUCCAAAACAUACAAAGACCACUUCCACCAAAGACACUUGAAAGCAAGGGAGAUCUAUCAUUAUUCAAUAUUUCAAGAGAGACAUCUGGGUUCUUCGUUUGCACGUCAACAAAUCGAAUGGGUUCUGCCAGCUGCAACUUAACCUUAGCUGUGAUGCCUGGCAGCAUGAAUAUGGGGUCUACUGCAGGUAUAAUUGUAGGAAUCCUCGCAGGUUUACUGGCUGUAGGGAUUCUCAUCUUCUGUUGCUGCCGGAAAAAGGGCAACAAACACAAGUACGCUGAAGGUUCCCCUGGAGAUGUGCAGUUUUAUGACAGAGACACUUCUGAAGCUGGAGAGCAGUACCAGGAUGACAUGGUCACCAGUGAAACAAAGCAACAGGUUUACCAGUAUGAAGACAAAGACGUUCCUCAGAACAGUUACAGUGCAGGAACAGCUGGACAUAAGUUUGAUGAUGACCAACACAGUUAUUACAGUGGUAAAGAAAAACAUGAGGGUAAGGGCAGUGAUAUUGACGCUCAACGUUACCAGGACGACCAGCAUGAUCACUAUCGUGGCAGUCGCAACCACCUUGAGGAUAAACGUGAUCGUUACGGCGGCAGUCGUGAUCAUCUGGAUGAUCAGCGUGAUCGUUAUGGAGGAAGUCGCGACCGCCUUGAGGAUAAACGUGACCGUUACGGGGGCAGUCGUGAUCGCCUUGAUGAUCAGCGUGAUCGUUAUGGGGGCAGUCGUGAUCGCCUUGAUGAUCAGCGUGAUCGUUACAGGGGCAGUCGUGAUUGCCUUGACGAUCAGCGUGAUCGUUACGGGGGCAGUCGUGAUCGCCUUGACGAUCAGCGUGAUCAUUAUGGAGGAAGUCGCGACCGCCUUGAGGAUAAACGUGAUCGUUACGGGGGCAGUCGUGAUCGCCUUGAUGAUCAGCGUGAUCGUUACGGGGGCAGUCGUGAUCGCCUUGACGAUCAGCGUGAUCGUUACGGGGGCAGUCGUGAUCGCCUUGACGAUCAGCGUGAUCGUUACAGGGGCAGUCGUGAUCACCUUGACAACUGCAGCAAUCGCUAA